CCUCUUUGUAUAAUGCACAUUUUUUUCAGAUUGAUGGAUGACAGGAGGAACAAGGUACAAGUAUCCACUCUGCUGAUAUUUCCUUGUCCAUGUCACUUAAUUUCUACCAGCUCUGGGGGUACGCUGCACUGUAGCUGGCCUCUGACCUUUCUUUGGAUGUGGCCAUAUUAUAAACUAGUUGCAAAAAAAGGGUCACACGUAAGUGGUUGAAGGAGUGGAAGAUGAGGAAGUGGGGAGACCGACUGAAUAAGGUUGAGCAGCUUGCUCAGUCGUUCCAGCUGAAUCCUCUGGCUGCACACUACAAACCUCGACUGUGGCCAUGCCAGCCUUCCUCUGUAUGGAAGCUCUUCCCUCGUCAAAGAAUGGCUAUCAGCUUCGCUCAAAGCUGCAAAGAGGAUGUACAUGUUUUUGCACUUGAGAAAGAAAAGACGUCCCUGGGUCAAAGGAUCUUCUUGGUUACAAGUUAUAGUGAGCUGUGGCAUUACUACAGGACUUACACACAGUCCUUGAUGCACUGCUAUGAGGUGAUACCAGAGGGCGCUGUUUGUAAGCUUUACUUUGACUUGGAGUUCCACGCGCCCUCAAACAAAGGAACUGACGGGAAAGCUAUGGUGUCUUUACUCAUCCAGUAUGUUUGUGACAAGCUAAUGGAAGUUUAUGGGAUUGAAUGCUCCACAAAAAAUGUCCUCAAUCUUGAUUCCAGUACAGAAGAGAAGUUCAGUCGACAUCUCAUCUUCAAUCUCCAAAAUGCCGCUUUCAAAGACAACAUACAUAUGGGCAGGUUUGUCCAUUCAAUUCUUCACCCAGUCCUGAGCAGACCCAACAGUGACCUGAAUGUUGGGAUUAAUUCACUGGCAGAAAACGGUGAAACAUGCGGAAAAACAGCAGAGGAGACCACAGCAAAGGCAGAUGAGAUGGCUGAAAGUCCACAGGCUAAGAGGUGCAAGCAGGAAGAGCGAGACCUCAGGUUCCUCCGGGUGAAAACCAAGGAUGGCCAAGUGGGUCUCUUUGUUGAUCUUGGUGUUUACACCAAGAACAGAAAUUUCCGCCUUUACAAGUCAUCAAAAGUGGGACAGAACGCUGCAUUCACGUUGGCAGACGACAACAAGUUUAUUGACAAACCUGAGAAGGGAAUGUCUGCCGAGCAAAGUGUGUUCUUGGCUUCCUUAGUCUGUAAUGUGAGUUUCACAGGUCAAAGAAUUCUUACAUCAGAAUCUCCAAAAACAAAGGAAUCCAAAACCUUGAAGCCUGAUUGCCAGCAGGGAUCAGUCACAAAUCCAGACUUACUGUCUGGCUGCCUGUCGUCCCCUCAUAAAGAAGUGGACAACUUUGUAUUAACUGUGGUUAAAAAGGAUGGUGUACAUGGAAGCAUCAGACGGUGGAACUACUUUGCUGCUGACCAACUGCUCGUCUACGACAUUGCAAAUUAUCGCUGGUGUGAAAACGUGGAAAGGUUCCAUAAAAGCAACAACAUCAUGAUUGUUGUGGAUCUCAAAAAGGAAGAGUGGUAUCAGAAGUGUCAUGACCCUGAAUGCAGGAACUUCAGGUCCCCAAGUUACCCACUGCCACAGGAGAUCUGCGUCAGCUACAUCAUGACUCUGGAUGAGGAAGACCAGGCUUACUUAAUGGACGAUGUUGGCAACAUUGUACCUAGCCAGGCACCAAACCAGGCCCCACAGAGCGCGAUGCAUCCAAAGGAGGAAUCAGCUGACGUUUGGGGAGACGGAGAGGAUGAUCAGGACUAUUUAGAAAGCCUGGAUGACUUUGAACAAAAUAGCGGAGAAAUCUCUGAUCAGCUUUUGCUCAAAUGUAUGGCAGAUUUCGACUCCCAGUAGAAGGUAAAAAGUCUGGAUCAGGUACCACUAUACCCACCAAACAUGCCUGGAAAAUGCAACACAGAUAACAUAAAGAUUAGUGUCUCACAACUGUACCAAACUAGAAACUGUACUCUUCACUAUGAUAAGAACCAGUGUCACAUGAAUUACUAACCUGUAAACUGUCGCCAUGAACGAAUAUCUGGGCCACUGGAUCACUGAGAUUAUACACGCAUUCUAUUUUCUCGGGAGCGACGUAUUCCCCUUGUGCCAGUUUGAAAAUGUGCUUCUUUCUGUCAAUGAUCUUCAGAGUGCCGUUCUACAACAAACCACAACAAAAACACAACUGGAAAUUAAAUAUAUAUAUACUGAUUGGUGGUCGGCAGACAAAAAUGAACUAAGUUAAGUAUAUUGAGCUGAAAACAUCUUUUAGUUACUUUGUUUACUUAGCUAUUUCGUAAGCAAAAAAACGGUGUGCAGUUUUAUUAUCUAGGCAAAUACAAAUAUCGGAUCGGGACUUUGUUUUGGCAGAUAUUCAAUACAUGUGAUCGGGAUUGGGGGACAAAAAAGCUGAUCGGGACGUCCCUAUCUAUCCACAACAAUCAACGAUGAAUAGUGCCCUUCAGCCUGCCCCGCUUACAGGAAGCCAUUUCCCAAUAUCUCCUGUGUGCAGCCAUCCAUCCUGGUCGAUUGCCUCUGCAGUUUUCUCAGGAUCUUUUAGAUAUCCCUUGAAUACAUUUGGUCCUUUGACACACACCUAGAGGGAGAGAUAACAUUGACAAAAAUCAUAUUUUUCACUCAAGAAAAUGCCACAUAUGCAGACAAUAUCAUUUUUAUCCAUUGUAAGGGGGGGGGGGGGGCAGCUUUAGGGAUGGCACUGUAGGUUAGUCAGUUGCUCCACCAAUUUAGUCCAGACGGAGCCAUCUCUACAGCUAUUGCAUGGAUUUCCAUGACAUUUUCUACAGGCGUCCAUGGUGCCAAGAGAACGAAUCAGACUUUGGUUAUCCUCUGGCUUUUCUUCCAGAACCACCAGCAGGUCAAAGGUUUAUAUUUGUCCAAUACUGCAGAUAUUUGGUUAGAAACUAAUGCUGUUUCCAUCAGCCUCAGCUGUCCUUUGUGUGUAAUGCUAAUUAGCAAAAGAUAUCACGCUAACAUGCAAACUAGGAUGGCAAACAUGGUAAAUAUUACACCUGCUAGACAUCAGCUUGUUGUCAUUGUAUGUUAUGUAUGUACAUUAUGUUAGCAUGCCAACUUUAGCAUUUAGACUCUUAACUUGCUGGAAAAUUAAGUUGUUCAUUGCGUUUUAUCAUGAUUUAACUUUGCUUUCUUUGCUUAUUUAUUUAUUCUCCUCUGCAUUCAAGUGUAUUUUCUGACCCUCACUACACUGUAAUAAAAGGUUUAACAUACAGUUUUUCUCAUUUCUUUUGGUUCUUUUCAUAAACUAUGCCUGACAUCAAACUUCUCUUCAGAGAUAACAAAUGUUAACAUGGAGUGGUUUUAGAAUAACCUACACUGGCCAUGUUAAUUGUGAUGA